AUGGAGAACCGGACCCAGGUUCGGUGCACGGAGAACCAAGAGCUGGCCGCGUACAUGUGGAACAAGUGGCAGGAAAUGGCGCAGCAAGCCAAAGGCAUUUCUGAUAACUUCGAAAUGACCCUUUCCAAGGCCCACUUCAAUGUCUGUAGCUCCAAAACCCCCAUUCGAACCAUCAAGGAUUUCUCUCAAGUCAAGGGUGUGGGGAAAAUGAUAUUGAGGCUCAUGCAGGGGUUUUUUGGGACUGGUUCUGGUGGUUCUGAACCCAAAGAUUUGACUAAAAAGGGAAAGCAAACUAAAGGAACCAAACGUUAUUUGCCUCAGAGGAACUCUGUCGCAUAUGCAUUGUUGAUAUCCCUUUACAGGGGAACUUCAAAUGGGAAUGAAUUUAUGCGGAAGCAGGAACUUAUUGAUGCUGCUGAAGCCAGUGGGCUAUCUCGAGUGCCAAUUGCGCCAGAAAAAGGGAAAGAAAAACCUGGACGUUUUGGAGGCUCUCCACGGGAUUGGUAUAGUGGAUGGAAUUGCAUGAAGACCUUGAUAGCUAAGGGAUUAGUUGUAAAAUCCAGCUGCCCUGCUAAGUACAUGCUAACUCAAGAAGGGAAGGAAGCAGCUAGUGACUGUUUGGCAAGAUCUGGAAUGGCAGAAUCUCUAGAGAAGUCGACUUCUGUUGAAAUUCCUUUGUAUUUGGAUAACCAAAACUCAUUGGAUGUGGAACCCAAUGGUCAUGACAUGGAACCUGAGGUGCUGUCACCAUUGACUCAGCAAAAGAUGCCUAUGGAUGUUCCUCUUGAUUGCCUUGGGAGGAUAAGAAACUACUGCAAAAGAGGCUUGGGAUUGCUGAACAGGCAUAGAAAGUUGUGGCCUUGUUGGCUUGAGAUUGCUGAAAAACAGGGUACUGUGUACAAGAUUGGGACUGACUAUGAGAUGGUUGAUACAAUUGAAAGAAGGUUAGGGUUUGAUGAAGAAUUUGGAUCUGGACUUUGGAAGAUAGCCAUGGUUCAGUUUUCUCAAAUGGGUUACUCCAAGGAACAAAUUAUUAGUGCUUUUACUGAAGUUUCCGGAAGCCAGCCAAAUAAAGAUGUCUCAUCUCUGUGGCCAGCUGUUCUAUGUCAUCUCCGAGAAGAACAAGUCUAUGGCUCACAGCCAGAAUCUCUAUGUUCAAGAGAUCUCACUGGAAAAGAAAGCAGAGCCGUGCGCUCAUCUUGUGAUGGGCAUGUAGCAAACACUUGUUCGCGUGAUAUUCCUCCUUUCCCCUUGAGAGGUUGCUCUUCAACUGACCAUCCCAUGCAAAAUGCUAAUAAGGAUGAGCUUGUAUCAAAGAUGAACAUUUUAAAUGUUCCACCAUUGAGCUUGGGGGAGAGAUUUGAGGAUGCUUAUGACAUAAUUUUAAUAUUGGAUGAUCGGGAGCAAUUUGCCACACAGGGGUUAGUUCGACGGUUACCAGUUGGAGAUGGGAUUUGGAUAGCACACCAUAAAACCCUUGACAGUGAAUAUGUGUUGGAUUUUAUUGUUGAGAGGAAGAAAAUUGAUGAUCUACGCAGUUCAAUCCGGGAUAACCGCUACAAGGAUCAAAAGUUAAGACUUCAGAGGUGUGGGUUGAAGAAGCUGAUAUAUCUUGUGGAAGGUGACCCAAAUUCUUCUGAAGCUGCUGAAAGCAUAAAAACUGCUUGUUUUACAACAGAGAUUCUGGAGGGAUUUGAUGUACAGAGAACAAGUGGCUUAGGUGAUACUCUAAAGAAGUAUGGUUAUCUUACCCAAGCAAUUUCUCAAUAUUACAAGUCAGAAAUUUUUGAAGACAAUAUUAAAUCCUCUGGGACAUGUCCUCCUUUUGAUGAAUUUAUUAAAAGGUGUCAAGACAUUGAGAAAACAACUGUUAGUGAUGUAUUUGCCAUCCAGCUUAUGCAGGUCCCACAGGUUACAGAGGAGGUUGCCAUGGCUGUGUUGGAUCUGUUCCCCACACUUUUCUCUCUUGCCCGUGCUUACUCACUACUCGAAGGUGAUGCUGGUGCCCAGGAGGAGAUGCUUCGAAGACGGAGUAACAAUAUGAUCAAUGCAGUUGCCAGUAGGAACGAGAAGUCACCAAGUGCAGUGUCUGGCUUUCAACAUGAAUCCAAUUUUAUUUUGGAGAAUCUUCCUAAGAUUUUCCUUGCUAUCCUCAUCAUCUUCCACUAUGGAACAAGCAUGGCCUGUUCACCACACCAGUGGCUGAGGGAGCUGAGAUGGGACUCCCAGGGAUUAAAUCCAAUAAGCCUUCUUAUUGACUGUGCCAAAUGUGUUGCAUCUGGAAGCAUCAAGAAUGCAGAUAUUGGCCUUGAGUACAUAUCUCAGAUUUCAUCUCCUGAUGGUAAUGCAGUGCAAAGGAUGGUGACUUAUUUCAGUGAAGCACUUGGAUACAGAAUAGUAAAACAUUUGCCAGGUGUAUAUAAAUCUAUCAGUCCCUCAAAAACAUCACUAUCUUCAGAAGAUAUCCUUGUUCAGAAAUACUUCUAUGAAUUGUGUCCCUUUUUGAAGUUCUCAUACCUGAUCACAAACCAAGCCAUUGUAGAGGCCAUGGAAUGCGAAAAGGUGGUUCAUAUUAUUGAUCUCAAUUGCUGUGAGCCAGCUCAGUGGAUAGAACUUCUACUUACUUUUAAAAACCGUCGGGGAGGUCCACCCCAUCUGAAAAUUACAGGGAUUCAUGAAAAGAAAGAAGUUCUAGACCAAAUGAACUUUCAUUUGACAUCUGAAGCUGGGAAUUUGGAUUUUCCUUUACAGUUCUAUCCAGUUGUUAGCAAACUGGAAGAUGUUGAUUUUGAGAAGUUGCCUGUGAAGACAGGAGAUGCUAUUGCAAUAACUUCUGUUCUUCAGCUGCAUUCGCUUCUUGCCACUGAUGAUGACAUGGCUGGAAGAAUCUCCCCAGCCGCGGCAGUAUCUAUGAAUCUUCAGAGAGCAGUGCAUAUGGGCCAAAGGACUUUUGCAGAGUGGCUUGAGAGAGAUAUGAUCAAUGCAUAUAUCUUGAGUCCUGAUUCUGCAUUGUCACCUCUUUCCUUAGGUGCCUCACCUAAGAUGGGGAUUUUUCUCAGCGCUUUGCGAAAGCUCCAACCAAAACUGGUAGUAAUCACUGAACAGGAAUCAAAUCUGAACGGAUCCAAUUUGAUGGAGAGAGUUGAUAAAGCGUUGUACUUUUACAGUGCGUUGUUUGACUGCUUGGACUCUACUGUUAUGAGAACAUCAGUUGAGAGGCAAAAACUUGAGAGCAUGCUUCUUGGAGAGCAGAUAAAGAAUAUCAUUGCUUGUGAAGGAGUUGAUAGAAAGGAAAGACAUGAGAAACUCGAAAAAUGGAUUCGAAGGUUUGAAAUGGCUGGUUUUGUAAAGGUUCCUUUGAGCUACAAUGGGAGGAUAGAAGCAAUGAAUCUGUUGCAGAGAUAUAGUAGUAAAUACAAAUUUCGAGAAGAGAAUGAUUGUUUGCUUGUUUGCUGGAGUGAUAGACCAUUGUUUUCUGUAUCAGCUUGGACCCAUGAAAGUCAAGAUCACAUUCCCAAUGAAGCUUUACUUGCACUUAGGGACUUUGCAUUCUCAAGGAAAUGUUCAUCUGCGUUCUUCAAUAGGUUUGGCAAUGUAAAAUUGCCCGGUGUACAUGGUCUUUUAGGUGCCCAAGGACCAACUUAUGGACACAGUGCUCUUUACCAGUUUCCUGAUAAAGCUAUCUCUUAUAUAUUAGAUUCACCAUACCCGUGGCUCAAAGAUAUGAAUGGGGAGGAUAGGGGUAAAUACCUAGCCCGUAUUCUUAACGCCUGUGCCAAGUUUAUUGAAUCAGGAAGCAUCAUGAAUGCAGAUACUGGACUGGACUAUAUUGCUCACAUUGCCUCCCCUUAUGGUGAUGCAAUGCAAAGGGUAGCCACCUAUAUUAGUAAGGGUCUAGUUUUCCAAGUUCUAAAAAUUUUCCAGGGAGUACCUAGGGCUGUCAAUUUGUCAAAAACAAUGUCAACCUCAGAAGAACAACUGGUUAAGAAGACAUUCUAUGACCUGUAUCCAUUUUUAAAGACUGCAUAUGCAAUCACGAGUAAUGCCAUUGCUGAAGCUAUAGAAGGAGAAGAAGUAGUCCACGUCAUUGAUCUCGGUGCAUCUGAUGCUUCUCAGUGGAUUUGUCUUAUGCAGAGAUUAAAACAAAGCCAAAAGAAGCUCCCAUUUCUGAAAAUCACAGGCAUAAAUGAGAAAAAGAAAAUUUUAGAGGAAGUGGAGACUCACUUAAGAGUAGAAGCUAAAAGUUUGAAUUUCAAUCUCCAAUUCAAUGCUAUUGUAAGCACUUUGGAGAAUCUUGACCUAGAAGAAUUGCCUGUGAAGAAAGGAGAGCCUCUUGCAAUCAGCUCAGUGCUUCAGCUGCACACUCUUCUGGCCACUGAUGAUGCAAUGGUUUGCAUCAGGAGCUCGCAGGCAGAACCAGUGCAUCAGAGGACAUUUGCUGAGAUGCUUGGGAAACAAAAUACCAACCCCAGUUCUGAACCAUCAUUUUUACAACUUCCUCUAUGCGCUACUUCAACCAAGAUGAUGCAUUUUCUAAAAGGCCUGUGGAAACUCCAACCCAGAGUGAUGGUGGUUACUGAACAAGAAUCUAAUUUCAAUGGUUCUUUGACAGAAAGGGUUGACAAGGCAUUGGACUUCUACGUUGCAUUGUUCAACUGCUUGGAAUCAACUGUUUCAACAACAGCACUGGUAGAGAGAAUCAUCAUGGAGAGGACUCUACUAGGGGAAGAAAUAAAGAACAUAGUUGCAUGUGAAGGAGUAGACAGAAAGGAGAGGCAUGAGAAACUUGAGACUUGGAUCCCAAGGCUAGAAAUGGCCGGGUUUAGUAAGGGACAUAUUAGCCACCAUGGAAUGAUGCAAGCAACAACACAGUUGCAUGGUUAUGGAGAUGGAUACAGGCUUUGUAAGGAAAAUAAUUGUUUGUUUGUAUGCUGGAAGGAUAAGCCACUCUUUUCUGUAUCAGCCUGGACUACUUAG